GUGGCUUUGUUUACGACUCUUAUUUUAGCUUAUUUUAAGGGCAACCCUUUUUGACCACCUACUUUAGUUCUCUUGAAGCUAAAGCAGCCGCACAAAAGUUUCUCUGUGUUCAGAUUUCAGAUUUUGGAACUCCUUAGUGAAAAUUGUGGCUUCGCCACUGACGUAGCGUAUGAUGAUAACAUCAAGAAAGGAUGUAAUAUGGAGUGCACUGGGACGUCAUUGGUUACCUUGGCUGAUGAAAAUGCUUUACUACUUGUAUCUAUGACCUUGGCUUGGAUAUAUAUAUUUGUUUGUAUGGAUCCAAAGUCAUCUGAUGCUGAAGUUGUAGCCACUGAUACAGGGGCAGAUAAACUCUUGUCCACCAAGACUGAGGAGGAGAUUAUGAGAGACAUUUUUGAAAGUAUUGAAAAUGCUCAACGUAUCGCGAUUGCUUCUAUAAAUGCUCUUGAGAAUUCUGUAAAAGAGGUUGAUGAGGAUAUGAAACGUCUGAGAGCUUUUUGUGAUCUAUAGUGAAAUGUUACUUAAACAUAAGGGAGUUUUGGGUAAUGUUAGUAUAGUGAAGGUAAAAAAGAAGUAAUGUUAGAAGGAGAUUACCUAGUAACAAUUGCUUAGUUUGUUAGGAUUAUUGACAUUCUAUUUUUGGAAUGAAUCUGAAAGUACUUAAAAAGAAUUCCUAUUUUGCAA